GGGCUCGAUUUUUCUAGCAUCAUUAUUUAUUAGCUUCGUCUAGCUUUGAAGUGGCUGCGGCUGUCAACCUUCCUCUGCUGUUGUUGGUGCUAGCUAGCUUGGAUCAGCUGUCUUUCAGUAAUGACUUCUACAUUGACGUUACUUUACCUAAGUGACAUUUAGUCUGUAGAAUAUUACGUAGCUAUAACGUUAGCUGUUGAGGGCAAUGGGGCUACCUCAGAGCUCGUUUUUGUCAGACGGGGGAAAUAGUGGCUAUCAUGUCCACGGGAUUCAAGAGGACUCCCCAGCUCUGAGGGCUGGUCUGGAGCCCUUCUUUGACUUCAUUCUCUCUAUAGGAAAUACCCGACUUAAUAAAGAAAGUGACUUGCUGAAAGACCUUCUAAAGGCCAAUGUGGAGAAAGCGGUCAAACUUGAAGUGUACAACUCUAAAACCCAGCGGGUGAGGGAACUGGAGGUGAUACCCAGUAACAUGUGGGGUGGUCAGGGUCUGCUGGGCGCGAGUGUUCGCUUCUGCAGCUUUACAGGAGCCAAUGAGAACGUUUGGCAUGUCUUGGAUGUGGAAGCCAGUUCUCCUGCAGCUUUGGCUGGCUUUAUUGCUCACGACGACUUCAUUGUGGGAGCCGACCAGGUGUUACAAGAUUCAGAGGAUUUCUUUUCUUUGAUUGAAGCCAAUGAGGGGAAACCUCUGAAGCUGCUGGUGUACAACACACAGACUGACAAUUGCAGAGAGGUAGUGGUCACUCCAAAUGGAGCAUGGGGAGGAGAGGGAAGCUUAGGCUGUGGCAUUGGCUAUGGCUACUUGCACAGAAUCCCAACUCGUCCAGCUCACCCUAACAUCCAGAACACAAAUGUUCUGCAGUCUACAGCGAUUGACAGCAGCGAAGAGUUGGUGGCAAGCGACAACACUGAGGUGUCUUCAGUGGAUGCACGGAGCCCCUCUAGCAUCAGUGAAAUAGAUUUGCAUCAAGUCAAAAGAGCUGUGCAGGACUUACGUGUAUCCUCGUCUACUCAGCUAGCUGUGGACUUAGAUUUUUCCAACACAACUGAAGCAAUGACUCCAGACUUGUCAGACAUGGUUUCCACCAAUGACAUGGGCCAGAGCUCCAUGUUUGUUAAUUACGGGGAUGACUCUGGAGAUCAGUGUAGCUUUGAUACCUCAUCUGUUGACCAAAGACCUUCCUCUACAGAGAGGGAAGAAGACUCAGACAUCCAGGAGACCGAGCCGGAGGGUGUUAUCGACCGGGUCACUACUACUACUCCGAUCAGAGAGACUGCGGAUUACGUUGCAGGCCUUGAAGUCACCACAGAGAACCUAAAUGACGCACGUAUCCCAGAGGUGCAAAAAACUACUUCUGAGCCCUUAAGCUCAGAGACUACCAUGCAGGAAGAGAAAUGGAAGACUGCUGCAUCAGACAGUUAAGAAGACCAGAGUAUAAGUAACCUGUUUAACUCAUAACUGACGCUAGUUGCAUUAGAGGAGAUUUACAGCACACUAGGAAACAGAAAGCUUCCCUAAUGAUUGCAGGUUGCAUCACUGGAGCCAGGUUUUCAUUUCUAAGAGUUUUAUUUUUUUAUCCAGUUUCCAUUGCUGCAUGUUGAAUUGCACAUUUAAGAGAGAUAGUAUGUUGACUGGAAAUAUGGUUAAUACAAUAUGAAUGUACUCUUUAAUUUCGGCCUCAUGCAGCAUGGCGCCUUUGUUGAGUCUUAGAUAAUGUUAAAAAUUAUCCUAGUUUGCACUAAAAAGCCAAAGGUGAAUCUCACCAUUAUAACCUGCUGAACAGUUUGUAAUGCUAGAAAAAGAAAGUUAGAAAAAGAAAAGUUUGAGCUAAAGUUCCUCCAGAUACAUCAUGUGAUUUCAUGUUUUUAUAUUUUGGAAUUUUAGGUGGAUGUUUUUAUUUUUUAGGAAGAGUACACCUGGAAAUUCUUUUUGAAUCUCAGGCAGUUACUAUUUAAGCCUCUUUGCCUUACGUCUCAUUUUAAACAGCCGCCUUUCUUAUGUGUAGAUUUGCCUUUCUAUUGGUGUUAAUGAGUGAGCCAUGUUUGAUGCAGCUCAGUGAUUGUUUUGUUUCUUCUCUUUCUAUGGAUUUUAAUUAAAUUAUGUUUCAAAUUUUUAUGGCUGGACAAAGAUAUUCAAAUAUGUACACAAACAAGAUGUUCAAGGUAAUCCUUCAGCAGCCU